GCUGGUCACACCUGCGCCUCGGGACGCGUGUUGUUUACCUCGCGGACGCUUCUCAUUGGCGCAUUUUCUCACAGGUCGGCCAACCGAAGAGCGUCUAAAGACCCAGAACACCGACCGAGUUCCUGCUCUCUCCAGCUGACGGUGACCCCGGCGUAACGUUUGCCACUCUAACCAAAUCCUCCACAACAGCACGCAGCGGCUCCGAGCCGCACGGGCGCCGGUGAGGACGUCGCUGUUUCCGGUUGAUGAUUGUGCGCCGGCUCCCCUACAGAGGCCUAAUAAACUCUCACCUGCGUGUCCACCUGAAAAGGCCGCAGGGCAGCCGAGACAUGGCCCGGCCCAGUUCAGACCUGGCAGCAUUCAGGGAGAUCUUCUCCCAGGCCAAGAAUAUAGCCAUCAUCACGGGGGCAGGCGUGAGUGCCGAGAGUGGGGUCCCCACCUUCAGAGGAGCAGGAGGCUACUGGAGGAAAUGGCAAGCGCAGGAACUUGCCAGCCCGGAGGCCUUCUCCAGGAACCCCUCGCGUGUUUGGGAGUUUUACCAUUACCGCCGUGAGGUCAUGCUCACAAAAACCCCCAACCCGGCCCACUUGGCCAUCGCCGAGUGCCAGGAGCGACUGAGCAGACAGGGCCGCACGGUUACGGUGGUCUCUCAAAACGUUGACGAGCUCCACCGCCGCGCCGGCUCCAACGACAUCCUGGAAAUCCACGGAAGUCUAUUCAAAACCCGCUGUAUAAGCUGUGGUCAUGAAGCUGCCAAUUACAAGAGCCCAAUCUGUGCGGCGCUGGAGGGCAAAGGAGCUCCGGACCCGGACACAAACGAUGCCCAGAUCUCCGUUCAGGAUCUGCCCAGGUGUGAGCAUGAAGGCUGUCACGGUCUCCUGAGACCAGCUGUGGUUUGGUUUGGAGAGAAUCUGGACUCGGACAUCCUCACUCGCGCAGAGAAAGUGUUGGACAGCUGUGACCUCUGCCUGGUGGUUGGCACUUCGUCCGUCGUGUAUCCAGCAGCCAUGUUUGCCCCUCAGGUGGCAGCCAGAGGCGUCCCUGUGGCCGAAUUCAACAUGGAGAACACGCCGGCCACCAUGAAGUUCAAGUUCCACUUCCACGGCCCCUGUGGGUCCACGCUACCCCCCGCGCUGGCACGCCACGAGGCAGAGCAAACAUGAGGCACCCGCUGCACGCAGACCACGACUUGAUUGGAACAAAUAGCAAAAAGAAUGGGUUGAAAUGUAAUGAACGGUUUGGUGGUGGGUUCAUGAAAAGAGAAACCGCUUGUUCACGCUAAUGCGGAUAAAACACACAGUGAUGAGUAUGUAGACUAAAAUACAAAUUGUUUUAGCACUUUUUGUCUUUCAUGACAGAUUUGAAGGAGUUCAUAUAUUUUAAGGAUUGUAGCGCUGCAAGUGCCACGUUUAAGAUUUAUAAUUGUAAAACUUGUGCCCUUUUUCUAAAACGUUGCUGUGAAAAAGGCCGUGAUGCCAAAGAGCAGCACAGCAGUGCGUGAAUGCUGACAGUCAGACUGUAGGGGACAGUGUUCAGCCACUGCUGCGAUGGGAGAUUAAAAUAGCCCCCUUCCAAAGGCUGCGCGGGCUCUGCCAAGGGUUUGUGCUGUGUGUGUGUUUGUGUGCUUGAAUUCUGCGUUGUGUGAAUUUAUGGGCUGUGGUGAAUACUGUGUGUGAUGCCUUCCAGUGGGCAUGAGGGAGCUCCAGUUAAACCAGGGAAACCAGUCAGGAAGCCACGAGGGAUCUUUCGACGUGUAUAUUGAUUCUUGGAGGUGACUCGAACAUCCUAUUCGUUCAAAAUGAAUAAAUGUGUCCGUGUAGGAGAUGAAGAGUGUCCCCGCAGAGCGUCCUCAGGGUCCUUGCAUGCAUGUAUCUAUAAUAUUUUGAAUAAACAGUCUGGAUCAGAAA